CGUCCACACCUAUUGCGCGCCGUCUCCUCAGCCACAACAUGCAAUCGGAGCCCACGUCGUCGUCGUCGUCGUCUUCUCCUCAACCGAAAUCUUCAGCGAUGGAAUUGCCGCCACCGCCGCCGUAUCCUUUGAACGCACGCGGCCGCUACCGCCACAUCAGACGCGUCUGUCCGCGUGCCGGUGGAAAAAAAGGAAACAGCAAGCUAACCACGAUUCCAGAGUUCAUAAUUCACAAACAGAGUGACGAAUAUCAGAUAAUUUCUUGGACAAUAUUACAGCAGUCAAUCUCUAAUUUAGUACAACAGGUGACUUCGGAAGACAAAGCCAGGGAAAUCGCAAAAAAGAUUUUACGUUUAAAUAUAAUGCGUGGUAAAGGUUUACUUUGCAAGUACAUUAUGUCUGUUCAGUUAGCUUCGACCGAUAAAACUCACAUCUACGCUUUGUUUAUUUCUCUUAUCUACCUUGAGUUUCCAGACGUAGGUGGGUUACUCUUGGUACGGUGUCUUCAGCAGUUUAAAGUCGCAAACAAAACAAAAGAAAAAUGUGAAUAUUUAACAUCUGUUCUAUUUAUAUCAUACUUGAUUAUUUACGAAGUAGUUUCACCGCUUAUGGCUGUUAAACUAUUAUCGUUUCUCGUCAAGUUACCGACUCAGGAUUCAAUUGAUGCAGCAUUUGUGAUUCUAAACACAUGUGGACAUAAAAUGAGUGAUAGUAAUAAAAAGGAACUCGAAAACCUUAUAAACUUGGGGCCCAGUACUUCGGCGUACAACAUACGGUCUGGCAAAAAGAUUAGACGUAUGAUACAAAUAAUAAUGGAAACUAUUUCACUUAAAAAUGUAUUAAAAUUCAAGAAGCCUAUGAUGACUAAAUUCAGAACGCCUUUUAAUAUUUCUUUGGAAAGCCAAAUUGAUCCACACAUGGAGUUGGACUAUUACUCUUACGACCCAUAUUAUGAAUAUAGUGAAGAACUGUAUGAAUUAUUUCGUACACAAGUUCUAGAAUCUGAUGAUAAAGAUGAAUACGUAUUAAUGUAUGAUACUGAAACCUAUAAUAAAAGAAAUAAGAAGAAAAAUAAAUUUGUGAUUAAGCACUCGGGAAAUCCAAAAAUAGAUAAAAACUCGAAAUCAUUACAAGAAUUUGUACAAAUGAUACUGGACUCAUCAACAUUUAAGUAUGAAAAUUGUGCUUAUCAAUUAAUGAAAAUAAAAUUGAAUCCUGGCCAAGAAAUGGAAAUUUGCCUUAUGCUUUUUGAGCUUUGCUUUGAGCGUGAUUCAUAUAAUGAGCGUCUUGGAUAUACAACACAAAUAUUUUGUCAGCUAAACAGAUUUCUAAUUGAACCGUUUGAGAAAUUGUUUGUUGACACCUACGCUAUUGUCAACAGUUUCGACACAAUAAAAUUACGUAAUAUUGCAAAAUAUUUUGCUCAACUGCUAUAUAGUGAUACAAUUUCUUGGAAAGUUUUGUCAGUUAUACGACUUAAUGGAAUUGAAACAACGGCUUCUACUGGUAAUUUUCUCAAGCAUUUGUUCCACGAGUUAAGCGAACAUAUGGGAGAAGAAGAUUUGAAGUAUCGCGUAGAGGAUCCUUCAUUGAAAUAUGCGUUUGAAGGAAUUUUUUUUGGAGACAAAUAUAACAACUCAAAAUUUUCUUUCGACUUUUUUUCAUCUAUUGGUUUGGGUGGCUUAAUUAAGACAUUCGAAAAAUCAUUAAUUUUCUAAUCCAAUUAAUUAUCUUGCGUGGCUACAAUCGCUGACAUUGGGUAAUUACAUAUUGGCUGCAACAAUUACCUACAGCGAUUCAACUUCAUCUAAUCACAUGUUAAAAUGUAAUUGGAGUUAUUAUAUCUAAAGUUUUUUUUUUAUGAUACAUUUAACUUUUAUAGUACAAAAUAUAUUUACUUAAUUUUAAAGUUAUUAGUUAGAAUAUUUUUUUUAGUCUAGUUACUGAACUAUAAUUAAAAAUGAAAACGCCUACAGUUUUUUUUUAUUGUUAAUAAACGAUUUAUAGUACACAACAACUUAAUAAUUGUAACAUGGAAAAAAAGGUUAAUUACCUAUAUUAUAAAUAAUUUGUUUGGUUUGAAAAUAAGUUAAUUUAAGGACCCUGAUAAGAUAACUUUUCUUCGUAGUGAGUACAUCUUCGUUCAACUUCUACGAUGAUUAGUCAUGUCAAACAAUUCAUUGAUUUAUAAUGUUUGUUCGGAGGUUACGGGUUUAUUAUAUAAACAUGAAAUAAGACUUUAACAUUUUUUCGUACAUAUAUAUAUCAACAUAAUUUGUAGUGUGCAUGAUAUUGUUAUUUUUUUUUUAUUAUUAUAGUAUUUAGGUUACUGUAAUAAUCAAGUAAAUUAUUUA